UAUUUAUUAGAUAAUCUGUCAGUAUUUAGUUUUGAAAGUAUGUUAGACUUUAAAUAGCUUACGUCACGACUCACGACAUUCUCAAAGUGAGAAUACGAUAAAUAUACUUAGUUGUCAAAUCGGUCUAUGAUGGCUGGAAUUAAAGAUUAGUACUUUUGGCAUUUGGUGGGUCUAUUGGUAUGACAUUUGUUAUACUUGGUUGUGCUUUACCUGCAUAUAAAGUAUGGUGGCCAUUUUUUGUCGUACUAUUUUAUGUAUUAGCACCAGUUCCAACUAUAAUUGCACGUCGCUAUGCAAAUGAUUUUGAAAAUAAUUCCAAUCCAUGUUUGGAGCUGGCAAUAUUCAUUACUACAGGCUUUGUUAUAUCAUCAUUUGCUCUUCCUAUUGUCUUAGCUCGAUCCCCAGUUAACGAUCCAGUGAUACAGUGGGGUGCUUGUUAUUUGACUUUAGCAGGUAAUAUUAUUAUGUAUCUAACUCUAGUCGGAUUUUUCGUAACCUUCGAUCAGGAUGAACUCGAGUAUAAUACAUGUUGAAAUGCUGUACUUCAUUGUACUUAUUUAUUAAUUUUACAUGGUUUUUUCAAAAUAAAAGGAAGAAUAUACUGCACUGACUGACAGUUAUGUGUUGAUUCUAAGUCAUUGCAAAAUUUAUAGUAUAUUACUUAUACGAUAUACAUAUUAUCAUAAAGCAUAUUAUCGUUUAAAACACAAUGGAUACUAAUACUGGAUACUAAUUAAUACUAAAGUCAAUGAUGAUUUAUUUUGCUAUUUUUAUCCUGUAAUCAAACUUCAGAUUCUAAAAUUUAA